AGGAGAGAGCAACGCAUGCAAAUCAUAUCACAUACAAGAGUAUAGUCUUGCACUAUAUAUUUUUACCUUAACCUAGCAUUCAGCAUUAAAAUAUUAACUAUAAUAACGUGCAUUGUGGAGAUGAUGUAAAGUGCAUGAUUGCAUAUUAAAUGCAGUGGCACACAUGUUGUGGAUGUGAAUGUGGUGAAAUAUAAACAUUCAUACUAAGCUCAGAUCAUUCUCACAUUCUCUGCCACAAUGACGAUGGAGGCCCUGCUGCUUCUGUUCCUCCUCACACACGCUGCAGGAAUUCAAGAAAUCCACACAGUCAGUAAAAUAUCUGUACAAAAACAACAAACGAUCACAAUCUCGUGUUUAUAUGAUCAAAAAUAUGUCAACUACCCAAAAUACAUGAGUCGUGGAGGUGUUUGGAUGUUCAGUGGUUCUGUGACACACAGCAGGAUGUCUGUGGAGGAUGAUCCAGCAGUAAAAGUGUUUACGGCGACACUGAGAGAAGCUGAAGUGAGUGACUCCGGCACGUACUGGUGUGCUGUGAGCAUGUCUGGAUAUGAUCCUCACACAUAUCUGUAUCUGCAGGUUACUGAAGCAGAACCAGGGCUCCGUGUCUCCAAUCAGACUGUGUCAGGUUAUGAGGGAGGUAACGUCACGAUCCUCUGUCACGGCGCUUCACACUGGUGUACGAUCAGAGGAUCUUGUGCGGGGAGAGAUGGAGGAUCUCUAGAGAGGACUGCGGUGCGUGAUGAUGAUGGUUCUGUUCUGAGAGUGACUCUGUAUCAGCUGCAGACAGAGGACAGUGGAUGGUAUUACUGCUCCAAUAAGGAUUCACAGAUGCCUGUUCAUCUCACUGUGAUGGAGGCCCUAGAAAUUACACAGUUUACAGCCCUAGAUACUACACAGUUUACAACUAACCCCUCUUAUAGCAGCACACCACCCAGUGCAGACAGUGCAAGCCUUGACUUCAGGCAGUUCCUGUGGCUGCUGCUGCUGGGAGCGAUGCUGCUGAUUACAGUCUGUGCAGCUGUGAUGCUGAUCAGAGCGAGGAACACGAGAAAACAAAGAGCUGAAAGCUCAAAUCUUCAUGAUCACAUGAACACACAACAACUGACCAAAGAUACUGGAAAAAGCAGUGAGGUUCUGUGUGAAAAUCUCUAUGAAACCAUGACCGGAAAUAAACCAAAACACUCAGGGAAAUUGGAAAAACGAUGAGGUUGCAUGGGAAGGUCUCUAUGACAUUUUAAAUGUAAUUAAGCAAAACACUUGGUACUUUGAGUUAAUCAUUAAUUAAUCUCUCUCACAAUGCAUUAUCAUGUGUCUAAUUAAUCUAUUGUCAGAAACGUGAAAACAAUGGACAGUUAGACAGGCUUCGGGAUUCUAUGAUGUUUGUUUUCUCCUUUAUGUUAAUGAGAGUGAUACAGGGUAUAUAUAUUUUUUAUUAAUCAGAUGUGUGUAACUCAAGAAAAUGAAUAGUGUUACUUUUAUUCAGUCUUUCAAGUCUUUGUUUGAAG